AUGCCUCGCGCCUGUCGCCAACCUCAACACCGCUCUGGCGGAAAGCAGACACAAUCCGCCACGGGCAAAUCCCGCCGUGGCCGCGACCAAGAAUACGCCGAAUCCUCACACGACCUCUCCGCCGCUCAUGAAUCUUCUAGUGCUGAGGCAAAAAUGCCGCCUCUUGGAAUGUGGGACUUCGAUCAGUGCGAUCCGCGCCGCUGCUCAGGGAAGAAACUCUCUAGGUUGGGCUUGAUCAGGAACUUGAAGGUCGGAACACGCUUCGCCGGAAUUGUCGUCACACCCUCCGGCAAAAUCCCCGUCUCCCCCGCCGAUCACGAGAUCUUGUUGACUGGCGGCGCAGCCGUCGUCGAAGCCUCCUGGGCCCGCCUCCAAGAACUCCCUAUGUCCCGCCUCACCGGCCGCGCAGACCGUCUCCUCCCUUACCUCAUCGCCACAAAUCCCGUAAACUACGGCCGCCCCUGGCGCCUAAACUGUGUCGAAGCCCUCGCAGCUUGUUUCUGUAUCGCAGGCGGCGAACACGGAUUCGAGUGGGCUGAGAAAUUACUUGACAAUUUCUCGUGGGGACAUGCGUUUUUUGAGGUUAAUGGGGCAUUGUUGGAGAAGUAUCGGGAGUGUGGGGAUGCGGAGGAUGUGAAGAGAGUUCAGGAGGAGUGGUUGGAGGGGUUGGAUAAGGAAUACAAGGACAGGAGGGAGGGGAAGGAAGAGGCGUGGGAGACAGGGAAUAUGAAUAGAGGCCAGAAUGCGAAUGCGGGGAUGCUGCCACCCUCCGACUCUGAAGAGGAAGAUGAAUCAGAAGAAGAGGAGGAAGUCGAGUAUGACCAUUGGGGUAACGUCAAACUUGGCAACACCGCACCUGAAGAUGACGAAGACUCCGAGGAAUUGGAGUUCGACGACGAGCCUGAUGCGGAGGAUGAUUACGAGACAUUGAAGCAAGCGAAGAAUGCACGGGAAUGGGAAAAUCCGAAUCGGAAACGUCAGGAGGAGAGUGAUGACGAAGAGGACGACAGUGAGGAGGAGGAUAGCGAGGAUGAGAGUGACGGGGAGUAUGAUGAUGAUGUCGUAGAUGCUGUUCCGGUGGACAAAGUUACCGAGGGUGUUAGGAGGACGUUGACGAUUGCCUAA